UAAAAGCUGGUGCUUUGCUGUGUCUCUCUCGAUCUCCAUUUGUCUCCUCUGGCACUGCAGGGGACUCAACCGGCAAAGCACCAAGGAGAGCUACUGUAUAGAAACGGGGAGGAAGACUAAGGAAAGGGGAGAGAAAAGGGAGAGAGAGUAAGGGAGAAAUAUACAUCCAGAAAUAGCAUCAGCCACAUUUAACUGACAGAGAGUGACAGAGUGGAGAACCUGAGACCUGGACACAAAAUGCCUAUCCUUUCUUACUUAACAACCGUUGUUUUGUUGCUGAUUGCUCACUGCGGAUCAUGGACCGGGGCAAACCGCUUGGGCCCCUUCAAGGUCUGUCCCUCCUGCAGGGAUCCACUGGGGGCAGUUCGGCCCCCCAGAGACCAUAAUGUUGCCGGCAGCACGUCAGUGUUGGCCCAGGGAGAGCCCUGUGGUGUGUACACCCUGAGCUGUGCCAAGGGGCUCCGCUGUGUUCCCCCACCAAGGGAGCACAGCCCCCUCCAGGCUCUGUUGCAGGGAAGGGGCAUUUGCGCCAAGCACAGCAGGACUAGUCCCACUGAGAGGCCCCACCCCACAGGUCCCCAUCCCUCACACAGUGGUGACAUUGAAAAAGCACCCUGCCGCAAGCUGCUGAAUCUUGUCCUGAGGGGUCUGGAGCUGACAAUCUUCCAGUCUGACCGUGACAUCUAUAUACCCAACUGUGACACCCGUGGCUUCUACAGGAAAAAGCAGUGCCGCUCCUCCAAGGGCAUGCAGCGUGGCCACUGCUGGUGCGUGGAUGAACUCGGCACGCCUGUGCCCUCACGUGCCAGCGAAGAUGGCACUUUACCAUGCGAUGGGGAGUGAGGCAUGAGUCUGUCCAAUUGCUCUGAGCCUGGAGGAAGAGGAGAAGGUGGAGGAGGAGGAGGAGGUGGUGGAGGAGCAGGAGCACAGGGAGAGGGGGUGGCUUUAGCUUGUGCUAGACACUGCCUGGACAGGAGGUAGCAGGGAUAAACCACUUCCUAUGGAAAAUACAUACCAGUUAACGUUCAUGUCCUCUCUAAAGUAAGACACACACACUCACAGUCCAGCAGCAGCAACAAUAACAUCUGCCUGAAUGUUCAACAGUUGCAGCAGCGUCCUCUGCGUCGUCUGGUGACAUGCUGCAUGCUCACAUUAAUGCUCUGUGAACUGCCUCAGUGAUCCAAGCGGUAUUACUCCGAAUGAUCUCUAUAUUCCCUGGCUCUUGUCCUGGCUUUCUGGUAGAUUUUUAUUUUACUUUUUACUUUAGGAUAGCUGACACUGCCUGUGUUUGUUCUGAUCUCAGUGGGCUGAAAUACUGUUACGCAGGUGAUGUGACACAAAUGUUUGAAAAAUGUGUCUCCCUCACCGUCCUCUCUCCCUCUCUCCAAAGAUACACUGAUAUCAACAUACCUAAUUGACAGAAUAUUUCUUUUCUAUUAAUUUAUUUUUGAGUAUGUGUUUCCAUCAAGUACUGCUUGAAUCUUACAGUAUAUAUAUGUCAAGUCAGAAAAAAUAGUCUUACAAAUAUGAUCCUGGAUGCUUUUGUUCAUUUUAUUUGUCAAAAUGGUGUUCUGACUGCUUAUUAGUUGAUUGUUUGUACAUAUGUUGGAUUUUUGUGGUUGACUGUGUGUUCUGAAGUGGCAUACAAAAAGCUUACGGCUGUUACCCUUUUCAAAAAGUUGUAAGGCAUAUUUUUAUACACGUCAAUAUAAUAUUUUAUAUAUGAAUUGUUGGUUUAUUUAAUGAACUACAGUACAAUGCCAUGUAUUUUUAUAUUGUCAGCAGUUUCUUAUUUAAAGACAGAGAUUAUUUUAUUUCAUGUUAGGGGAAGUGUUGUGCUUGAAAGGCACCUUUACGGCAAAACUCAUCAUAUUCAUCAGAGCUCUAUUCAACUGCUGCACAUCUUAUGGUUAUAUCUCAUGUUUUUAAUUUCCUUUUAUUUAUGCUUUGUUUAUUUCAGAGUUGAGAAUAUCCACGUUACUAUUAUGUUUUAUUUCUGGCACAUCAUACCACCAAUUUUGAGUUCAGUAGAGGAAAAAAAAGAUCAAAUUUGUUAUUGUUAUGUCUCUCCCAAGUCCUUGCAAAAGUCAUGAAAUUGUGUGCUAUUAAAGUGUGAUUAGAAUUUAUCUAUUUCUGAACAAUCUUGUUGUGCCAAUGUGUGUGCCGUGAUGAAAGGUCCAUGCACAAAGGACCUGUAAGAUUUGCAAAUAUGAAAAUAAAACAUAAUGAUAAUAAAAAUGGAGAAGAAUUAAACAUAUAUUAAUA